AGAAACACAGGAGAUGGCAAAGGGAUGCUAAACUACUGUUCCUACAAUCGACUGCUUUCGAAUAUCAAGAGAAUUGCUUGGCUACAGUUGGGUCAUCCUAACCCAGCUCCAACAUGGGUCACUGUUUUUUAUCAGGGCAUUUUUCUCGUUCAUCCAGUAGGGGGCGACCUGGGUCGUGGCUGAUGUGAACCACAGGACUGCAGUAUUUUCUCUGUUUCACAACAUAUCUAAAAUCUGUUGUAAGUCUGUGUUUCUCAGUAGACAGUACAUGUUUCCAUCCACUUCGAGUCAACGUUUCAUAUUUCUGUGAAGUUUUAGCUCAGGAUAGCUCAAUCCUAGGAAGACCUUUUCCAGAGAUAAUCCUUGUUAAAGCUUAAAAGUGCAGGAACUGUGGAUUUUAUUAUAAUCACAUUCUUCCUUCCUACUUCCCCUCUAUGCUCUGGAUUGGCCUGAAUAUUGUUAUCUCUUGUUAAGUGGCAAGCAUGGGCUGGGUGGGAACAUCUCUUUCCUUUCCUCAAGGUAAGAAUUUAUCAGCCCAGAGUGCAACAGAAAAGGACGGAAAAUGGGAAAGGAAGCAGACAAAGGAAGGAUGUGCCUUGAGUGCUCAGGUGGCGUUCCUUCAGGGUGAGAGGAAAGGGCAGGAGAAUAUGAAACAGGAUCUAGUAAGGCGGAUCAAGAUGCUGGAGUAUGCUCUCAAACAAGAAAGGGCCAAACACCAGAAGCUGAAGACAGGCAAUGACCAGAGUCCCGGGGACAAGAAACCAGAGACAGAGGCAGACCAACUACCCAAUGGGCCAGCUGAAUCAGAUUCUGAGCCGGCCAAUCAGAUGUCCUGGAAGGAGGGACGUCAGCUACUACGCAAAUAUCUUGAAGAGGUGGGCUACUCAGACACCAUCCUGGACAUGCGUUCCAAACGUGUGCGCUCCCUGCUGGGGCGGAGCAGCCCUGAGGCUAAUGGCCCCCCACCUACCGAAGCCUCGCCAGAGCCUGAACCCCUGGCAGGGGGGGAGUCCCUGCUGGUCAGACAGAUAGAGGAGCAAAUCAAGAGGAAUGCGGGAAAGGAAAGCUCUAAGGAGCGUCUGGGUGGCUCAGUGCUGGAUAAGAUUCCCUUCCUGCACGGCUGCGAGGAUGACGACGAAGACGACAGUGACGAGGAAGACGACUUCCAAGGCAUGGCCACCGACUGCAUUGACGGGCCACGCAAGAGCAAGAAGUCUCGUGUGAAGAUGGGUUCAGAGCCCAUGACCACAGACCUGGACCCUGAGGAUGAGGAGGAUGAAGAUGACUCGGAAGAUGCACUCAGUGAAUUUGACUUCCUGGGCUCGGGGGAGGAGGGGGAGGGGGCGGGAGAGGCCCGUAUCUCAGGGGACGGACGGGAGUUAGAGAACCGCAGGAACAAGUUACAAGGCAUGAUGUCGGACUUCCCUCCUAAACCUACCCCGCCCCCCUCUGUGCCAGGACAGGCUCGCUCCGGGGAAGGUGGCGCCCUGGGGUUCUCCUCUGAUGUCUUCAUCAUGGACGCUGUUGGGGGAGGGGACAUGAACCUGGGCGAGCUGGCUGACCUUACCGUUGCCAAUGACAAUGAUCUCUCCAUGGAUAUGCAGGAUAACAGAGAGGAGUUUAAGAAGACGUGGAACCCUCGUUUCACGCUACGGAGCCACUUCGAUGCCAUCCGUGCUUUGACCUUUCACCCCAGCCAGGCAGUGCUGCUCACAGCCUCUGAGGACGGCACGCUCAAACUGUGGAACCUCAACAAGGCCAUGCACUCCAAAAAGAAUGCAGCACUGGAUGUUGAGCCUAUCUACACAUUUAGAGCACACAGUGGAGCCGUUCUGUCUCUGACCAUGGGCGAAGAUGGAGAAUCCUGCUAUAGUGGCGGCCUGGAUGGAACCGUCAGGUGUUGGAAGAUCCCAGACCUCAACGUGGAUCCUUAUGACAACUAUGAUCCUGGCAUUGAGAGCAGUGUACUGGCGGGACAUGAGGACAGUGUUUGGGGUCUGGCUUACUCUGCAGCCCACCAUCGUCUGGCCUCGUGCUCGGCUGACGGCACCGUUCGCAUCUGGGACCCCCAGAACUCCACACCUUGCCUGUCUGUCUUCAAUAAAGAGAAAGAGCAUGGCACGCCCACCUCGGUGGCCUUCGUGACCUCUGACCCUAACCAGGUGGUGGUGUCAUUUGACGGUGGUGAGACACUGCUCUAUGACCUCAACACAGAGAAGAGCAUCAUGGUGCUCGAAACACAGACGAAGGAUGGCAGUGAGCUAAUCAACCGUGUGGUCAGUCACCCAUCUGAGCCCAUUUCUAUCACUGCACAUGAGAACCGCACCAUCCGCUUCCUAGACAACAAGACAGGUAAAGUGGUCCACUCAAUGGUGGCCCACCUGGAUGCUGUCACCUGUCUUACUACAGACCCUAAAGGCACUUACCUCAUCUCUGGCAGUCAUGACUGCUCAGUGCGCCUAUGGAUGCUUGACAACAGGACGUGCGUGCAGGAGAUCACGGCCCACAGGAAGAAGCACGACGAGGCCAUCCAUGAUGUGGCCUUCCACUCCUCUCAGCCCUUCAUCGCCAGCGCCGGCGCAGACGCACUUGCCAAGAUCUUUGUCUGACAGCACUGUCAUCAGUCCGGAGAGAUGUGGGUGGGAAGAGUCCUACAACUACAACUGGGCCAAAAGAGACUGAAGAUUACAAUGGACAAACCUCACACACACACACACACACACACACACACGCACAUACACAUACACAGACACAUACACAUACACAUACACACACACACACACUUGUCCUGCACCCCACUGGCUGGGCCAUCGCCACAGGACGUCACUUCCCUCAAUUCCUCGCUGUUCUGAUGCCUCAGUGACUUGUUGUGAUACUAAUCAUACCGCUUUUUAUAUCUUCAAGUUUCUGGCUGAUCAGUUUUCAAAUAUCAAUGUUUGUAGUAACACUUUUCUACACUACAAUAUUCAGUUCUGCUUUUUUCUGCUUUUUUUUUUUCUUCUUCUUCUUCUUCUUCUUUUUUCCCCCCUCCCCAAGUCUGUCGAUAGUUAUGACAAGGCACUGUGUGUGUUUGUGUGCUUGGAACUGCUGACACUACUCACAUUCACCGAGAAAGACUCACACGCACGCGCUCCGCACACGAAACGCACAAACGCACCCCCACAUUUCAUUUGAAGUCUUUCCUUUUUUUUUUUUUUUUUUAAAUUUUAUUUUUUAAUGGAUACAAACUCACUCGUGGCUAACGUAUGUAGGCACGCCUAACUUCAGCACCGUUCCCAGUGAUGGCAGAAGCCGUCUGAUCGACCACGGCGUAGGGAAUCAAUGUAUUACAUUCCAAAGACUCCAGACGAGUGUGUGUGUGUUUGUGCGUGUGUGUGUGUGUGUGUGUGUGUGUGUGUGUGUGUGUCGUAGUCCUUGGGGUUGCAGAAUGUUUUACUUGUGUGUGAGGAGACAGUAGCCGGUUGCUAACCAAUGCUGAACGAAUAGCUUUAAUUUCAACUUUCAUCACCAAGACGCUAAGUGUCUUUUUUUUAAUUUAAAUUAAUUU